AUGUCCUCAUCAUCAUCUACCCGAACUGCUAAAGUGUGCAUCAUGGGAGCCACUGGUCUCACAGGAAGACUUUUAGCCAAAUAUCUCCUCCAAUAUCAUUCGAAUUAUGAAUUAACCUUGAUGGGAAGGAAUAUGGCACGAUUGGAGACUCUCCUAGAAACAUUACUGAAGGAACAACUUGAACAACAUCAGGACUCUUCAUCAUCAACCUCUCAACCAACCUUGAGCCUUGAACAAAGAAUUCACCUCUUCCAAGUAGAUAUUGAUUCCGUUCUCUCAAGAGAUUAUUCACAUAUGGUCGUUGGAUCGGAACCAUCAUCCAUCCAGCCAAAGGAUGAAAAUAAGAGCAACACUGAGGAGUUCAACGAUUCAUAUGCUCAAUUCGUGAAAACCUUAAAAUCACAUCAUCUCAUCAUCAAUGCCAUGCCUCCUCUCGAUGAACAUAAAACUCUCCAUUUGGGACAUCUCAUCCUCUCCAAUCGUCUCGACUAUAUUGAUCCUCAAAUGAGUCCAGGAACCAUGAAUAUGCUCAAAACGAAUUUCCACUCUCUUGCUCAACAACAUCACGUGACAUUUGUCUGCCAAAGUGGAAUGUAUCCAGGAAUGGAAUCUCUGAUGGUUCGUGCUGCAGCCUUAGAAGAGUAUUUACCUCAACUCACCCAUGCCGAUGCCUUAAUUCUCACUCGAGAAAAGGGAGGGCUCGCCUCCACAAGUGGUGAAUCUGAUGUUGCUGAAUUUAUGAAAGUUUCUGGUACGAAAGUGUUACAAGAUUCUGAAUGGCGAGAAAAUUCCAGUUUUUCAAAAAAGUUUAAUUUCAUCUCUGUCGAUACCGAGUUGAGAGCCUAUCCUCUCGAGUUGGAUGAAAUGAAAGAAUUGCCUCGAGUCAUUCCUACACUCAAGAAUGGAGGAGUCUAUGUGGGAGAGUUGGGAUUGUAUCCAGACUUGAUCAUGUUGGGACUUCAAAUUAGUGUGAAACAUGCGUCAUUCCUUUCGCAUCCAUUUACCAAGUGGUUGGCAAGAGCAACAAAAAAGAUUAAGGCCCCUUAUGGAGCUGCUAUUCAAGUCGAUGCCAUGGAUGAAAAAACACAAAAGAAAGUUUCCCUGUCACUCUUUCAUGAUCAUGUGUACGACUUGACAGCUCUCUCGAUGGUGGCAGUGAUCGAACAAUUAAUUGAAAAAAGAUUGAAGAAAGAGAUAGAUGCCUCGACAGUGGAAAGUGCGGAGAGUAACGUCCGUCACGAAGAACGAGAUGGUGGUGUCUAUUAUGCAGGAAUUUGGGCAGAUCCCAGAAAGUUUAUUGAAUCUUGUAAAAACAAAGGCGUUCGAUUUGAUGUUAAAAUUCAAGAGCCUUAG